AUGUCCAAAGCACCGUCACCCGCCCGCAUAUAUGGUCACGCAGAAUUCGAUGGCAGGACGCACAAGGUGACAACCGAAAUUAGUGGAGUUAGCCUUGACAAAAUCCUUAAGUGCCUUGUACAGCCCUUUUUGGGGACGCAAAACCUUACAGCAUGGUCGUUCAUUCGUGCAAAAGAAAUCGGUACUCGAUGGGAGUCGAAUGAUGCAGAAACCUUUACGUGGCGCUUUAUUCCAUUGUCCCACGGUGGAAUGCUAUCAGUCAUCGAAUACUAUAUCAUCACGGAGAUCGAACCGACUAGCGCCGACGAUAUUGGGGACAAGGAUUGGAAAAUAUCCAGCGAAUAUUUACAGGGAGGAGGUGAUGCUUUUGAUCAACGCCUGUAUGAGCUGCUGAAUGGACAAAAAUAA